GCCAGAGUUAAACGAAUGAAGCAAAAUAUUGGACGGGGUGAAUUUUCUCAGUUCCCCAAUUUGUCACAGACAAGCUGCCAGGAAGACGACGUUUCAACUUACGUUCAACAUUUAAAUGCCCUCUAUUCAGAUUUUGAAUCUAUGUUUUGAGGAUAUUUUGUUUAUGGUAAUACCACCGUGGAUAAUUAAUCCAUAUGGUGACAAUUUAUUAUUAAAGCAUCAGGUUCAUUCUUCUUACUAAAAAUAUUGACUUAUUGCU